AUGGCGGCUGUUUCGGUCAUAGAAUUACUGCGCCAGCAGAUAUCCACAUGCGAGGCUCAACUGGCGUCGCUCCGCCAGCAACUUGCAGAGGCAGAGCAUCUCCAUAGGCAGCAGCAGCAAGGACUGCAGCUCAAGCGGAUGGAAGAACAAACGCGGCAUAACACAGCAUCAACAUCGCUGGUACAUGACAUGAGCUAUGGGAUUCAUGAUGAUUUCCGCUCCGAGAUCUUUGCCGCUUUAUCUCACCCUGAAGAGGAGAACGUCCCUCCUAGAAGAUGGCCGCUGGAGAACUCCGAAUACAAGCGUUAUGGUCGUCAGUUGAUUAUGCCCGAGAUAGGCUUGCAAGGCCAACUUCGUCUCAAGCAAGCCUCAGUCCUUAUUGUGGGAGUAGGCGGCUUAGGGUGUCCAGCUGCUGCCUAUUUGGUCGGCGCAGGAGUUGGAACUGUGGGCCUGAUAGACGGCGAUGUUGUCGAAGAGUCGAAUCUGCACCGCCAAAUUCUACAUUCUACUGCAAGAGUAGGAAUGACGAAGGUUGACAGUGCGAUUGUGGCACUGAGCUCACUGAAUCCCAACGUAAACCUCGUGGCACACCCAGCAAGACUUACCCCUGAAUCUUCCCUUAGUAUUAUGCAAGACUACGACCUGGUGCUGGACUGCACCGAUAAUCCGGCUUCACGCUACCUAAUCUCGGACACUUGCGUCCUGCUCGGGAAGCCGCUCGUCUCAGCAUCGGCCUUACGUACUGAAGGCCAACUGAUGGUGCUAAACAACCCUCCCCUCCCUCCUGGAGGUGCCAACGGUGGGCCUUGUUAUCGAUGUAUCUUUCCCAAACCACCGGCUUUUGAGACCGUGGUCUCGUGCGGCGAGGGCGGCAUCUUAGGCCCAGUGGUAGGGACCAUGGGCGUACUCCAAGCACUCGAGACCAUCAAAGUCCUUAGCCGUGGCGUCAAAGGGCUUGCCGCUAAUGGUACCACAUCACCGGAACCUCCCACUCUGACAAUGUUCUCUGCGUAUGGCAGUCCCAUGUUCCGCACCAUACGUCUUCGAGGGAGACGACAAACGUGCGCUUCUUGUGGAGCAAAAGCAACCGUAACACCCGAAGCGCUGAAAUCAGGGAGCCUAGAUUAUGCACUGUUUUGCGGCUCGGUCGCUCCCGUGGAUGCCCUUACCGCGAACGAGCGGAUUUCCGUGGACAACUAUGCGAAGAUCAGGACGGAAGCGAAUCCGUUCACAGGAUCACAGCCAAGUAACGAUAGUCAUAUCCUCAUUGAUGUUCGGGAAGGAGUGCAAUUCGAUCUCUGUAGCCUCGAAGGCAGUGUCAAUAUUCCUUUCUCGGAGAUUUCGCGGACUCCGCUUAAGCCUAUGAGGGAGGAUGUUGCUGGAAAUCACGAUGCCACACCCGAAGAGGGCUGGGUUGCCGCACUGAGAUCACAUCCUGAGAAACCUAUAUUUGUGAUCUGCAGGCUGGGCAAUGAUUCACAGCUUACGGUUAAGAAGAUGAAGGCGCUGGGUCUGGAUAAUGGAGGAAAAAGGUGGAUUGGCGAUAUCAAGGGUGGUCUAAGAGCUUGGAGGGAAAAUGUGGAUCAAGAUUUUCCCGAUUACUGA